AUGGAGCUUUCCCCGGGAACGGGUGACAACCUCACCCAGGGUUCUCAUCCGCAUGCGUCCCCGACUUCAACGGCGGUGGCCUCUGCGGGCACUGCCGAGGCGGUCGACUCGUCGUCGGGCUCCUUUGCCACGCAUCAGCAACCUUCUCCGUCACUUUCAAGGUCCGGCUCGCUUCUCCAACAGAAAGGGUCAUCGCUUCCGUCCCGCGCGCACGCCGCAGCGCGCCAUACCAAACGACUCACCCUCAACUUUCCCAUCAAUAUCCCACUCGAGCAGUCCCCGAUUGCCGCGCCUGAUUCGGCCGUUGCCUCGCCCGGCUCCAUGACUCCGUUGACACAAGCCUUCACCCGUCCGCCCCAGCCGCCCCAUCCCACGGGGACCCCCAUGCCAUUUGACGUCGAGGACGAUGGGUAUGACUUCCUGCGAGCGAUUGCCUCCCAGGAACGAAAGGUCCUGGAGCUGAGAGAGGAGCUACACCGCGCCGAGGAGGACCUGUCCGCGCUGAAGAAGCAAUGGGCACAGUCGGAGAAAACCAAGAAACAGACUCAGGUCACCCUUCAUGCCGAGCCUCUGUUGCCGUUCCGGUCUUCUGAGGCCGGCGUCUCUGAGACUCCCGCGGUCCACCGCCGUGACCAAAGUUUGAGCUCCGUCGCAAGCUCCUCCGUCUCGCAGGGGCGAGUCAGCCGGGAGCUGGACAGAAGAUCCAGCAUUCGGGCGACACCUCCUCAGGGAGGCACGACCAUCUCUGCGAAUGGGCGCCGGGUGUUCCGAGGCUCUCAUGCGCGGACACUGUCGUUGUUGUCACCAGUGACGGCCAACAGCCCGGCAGGUUUCGGGGCUCAGGCCACUGAGGGUGAACGCAUUGGACGUACCCCACGAUCAGCGACCUUGCCGUCCGUGGAGCGGGGCAACGUGUCCCAUAUCGGAAAUCCCAUGGACGACGGCCAGGUCCCUGAGCAUGUGAUGACCCAGUGGCGGAAAACAAUGCCCCCGCCCUCCAGAGAAGCCUUGGUGCGCACUGGCAAACAAAUGGCCUCCGACCUGCGGGAAGGACUGUGGACGUUCUUCGAGGACAUCCGUCAGGCCACGGUCGGCGAAGAAGGUAUCAAUGCGACAGAGUCGCGCACCAUGUCAACAUCAUCCGGCUCGUUGGCUCCCGAUGGCGCUCGCAAACGUAAUUCAUUAGCACAGUCGAGAAGUCGGGAACGCUUGUCUGCGAGCGGCGUAGCCUCCCGAUCUUCAUCCUCGUCAUCUCAACGCGGCAAGGGAACAGCGGCGGAGAAAGCUUCUGGUAAAGAUACCAAGUCGGCGGACAUAUCUACGUCUUUCUGGCAUGAAUUCGGGGUUGAUUUACCAGUGCAGACGCCCGCUCGGCCCAGCGCUCAUCGCAGUCCCUCUUCCAGCAACACUCAACCGAACGAGUCCGACAUCGCCGCCUUGAGCUCCCGCGACAAGAACCAAGCCAAAGAGCCCAUUCACCACUCUCGCAAUCCAGCCGAAACAGAUGACGACGGAGUAGACAACUGGGACAUGUGGGACACACCGUUGCCUGCGUCCAAGGCGAGACAUACUCCCUCGUCGAGUCGAUCAACGCUGGAAUCCUCCAAGAUCGACCAGUCCCCUUCGACACGGGACAGCAGUCCCCGCACGAGCGCUAGCUUUAGCGAGUGGAGCCACACAGUAGACGCUCCCGACCCCGGGGUUACCGAAGGUAUCCCCUGGCCCACAAUCUCCAAGUUGGCGCCCUCCAAACUUCAACGCACUGCCUCCAAUCUUAUGGCGGAGUGGGAACGAAGCCUGUCGCCAUCCCCGUCAUCAUCCCCGCACCGCAAAGACUCCAAGGAUGACAAGAAAGAUUGA